GAGCGGGGAGAGGAGAGGGCUGAACCCGGAGUGAACAUGGCGAGCAUCCUGAACGAAAACGGAGCCGGGGAGGACUUUCAGAAGAGCGAGCCGAACGGCGCGGUCCGUUCUUCGGCUAGAUGGGGUCCCCAGCACGCCGGUGCUCAGGAGCUCGCCAAGUUAUAUUCCCCAGGGAAAAGGUGUCAGGAAUGGAUCAGUGUUGUUCUCUGUUUUGCGCUCAUGGCCUUUAAUUUCUUUCACCUCCUCGCCCACUUCCACCUGGGCCAUGUCUGGUACAUCCUUUUGGGAAUCGUGGGCGGAAUCUUAACUGCAGACUUUGCAUCUGGACUGGUCCACUGGGGGGCUGACACAUGGGGAUCGGUGGAUCUGCCCAUCUUUGGAAAGGCAUUCAUCCGGCCAUUUAGGGAACACCACAUCGAUCCUACAGCUAUCACACGGCACGAUUUCAUUGAGACAAAUGGUGAUAACUGUAUGCUGACUAUCGUCCCUCUGGCAAACAUGGCCUUCAACUUUCAUACGUUAACACCAGUGGAGAUUUAUCAUAUCUACCCCUGGUACUGCUAUUUGUACGCGCUGGCCAUCUUUGUGACGUUGACUAAUCAGAUCCAUAAGUGGUCUCAUACUUAUUUUGGCCUGCCAUGCUGGGUCACGUUCCUCCAGGACUGCCACAUCAUCCUCCCUCGCAAACACCACCGAGUUCACCACGUAUCACCUCAUGAGACCUACUUCUGCAUUACCACAGGCUGGUUAAACUAUCCACUAGAGAAGUUUGGUUUCUGGAGGAAUCUGGAGGACAUCAUCCAGGGCCUGACGGGAGAGAAACCCAGAUCAGAUGAUCUGAAAUGGGCUCAGAAAACCCAGUAACCUCUCUCUAACUGGUGCCAGACCCCUCUCCUACCUCACACCUCUGCAAAGGGGACCAGCCUCCAUCUCCUCUUCAUUCAGCUCCCAUCAAUCUCCCUGAGCAGUGGAGCAGAUAAGAACUUGCCACCCUUGCCAGAGACUGAGUGAACACCAAUAAACAACAGAAAAGCUCCAAGCCCACAGAGAGAUGAAAGGAAGAGAGGAAAAUUAACAGAAGGUUUGAAAGCAAUACUGCUCCACACUUCUUAUCCAGCAACAGCAGUUUGCUCUCCAAUCUGUUUUAUAUUUACCCGUAUUCACCCUUUUCCUGCACAGAGAAACCGUGAAGCCAUUUUACCCCCUUAGGGGUAUAAAGCGUCCAAAAAAAAAGCCCUGUCGAGAAACUUGACCCUACGACAAAAAUGAAUAUAACUUUCUCAAAGCGCAAAAAAUGGAAAAAUCCAGAUUGAAAUACUUGAACAGAAGUGAGCUCCAGUUCAAAUGGAUGACUUUGGUUUGUUUUAUUAUUUUUAUUUUUUUUAUUUCAUUAUAAAAACUGCUCACACAUCUCUGCACACUGGUUGGUCUCUUUGCUCACAAGCUCUGUCGGUUGGUAAACUGUGGGACUGGACCUGUCUACACAAACUUCAAGCAAAGGGGAGCAAUCUGCCUCUUUUUUUCUCCCCCAAACACUGUAGUGUCUCUUUGUAAGGACAUCGUGGCUCGUUUUGAAAGAGGGCUGGAACUUAGUGUCUUCACCUGUCGCUGGUGUCUGAACGGACAUAGCAGUCGCAUAUGCAGUCUUUUCCUAGGUCCGCCUUACUUAUGCAGUACAUGCAGAAGAGACAUUUUUCUCUCACGUACGCUCCACAAUGUGCACUUUGCACUCCAUUAUUUACACAAUACACUUCACAAUCUACACUAUACACUCCACAUACACUCCAUACAAAGCCUUUUGGCCUAUGCCUUCUAAUCACACACUUUUCUGUUACAUGUUACAGUAAGUUUUGCCUCAUGGUUACACACAGGACACACACACACACACACACACACACACACACACACACACACACCCGAAGCAAGCAUCAAUCAUUAAGGAAACGCUUUUUUUGCACAACCACUUUUUCCAUCACUAAUGUUCUAGCUGUUCUACCUGUUUAUAGGUGCUGUGAAAACAACCAAACAUGACAAAGACAAAGUGAAAUUUUUUACUUGUGGUCUAGGCUGCAAUUUGAUUUAGCCAUCUGUGCAUCAUGGUAGGAACAAGUGGUCUUAGCUGUACUAAAAACUAAAUAGAUGGUGAAAAACAAUUCAUAGCUUAGGUUAAUGUUUAGGAAAGUCAUUUUUAGGAAAGACAGGUUGUAUAAAGAGAUGUUCUUGUCUUGAAUUGCUACACAUAGCUAGGUCAGUUAAGUUUUUUAUUUUUAUUUAUUUUUUUUCCAUUGCUUUACUUGUUUUUUGGUGCCCAGACAUAUACAAUACUGUGCAACGGUUUAUUCAAUUUCCAGUCAAAAUGACAAUUAAGAAGAAAUUAUUCAUUUUCAGCGUCAAAGUGAAAAAAAAAGUAGAAAACAAUUUUAUGUAAUAUUUUUCAGUAUUUAUUGCAUCCACUCCUUUUCCUUUAAUACAGCUUUCAUUCAUUUUUGGAGUUUUUAAAAGAAAUCUGUAGGGAGAUUUUUCCACACCUCCAAAAUUCAGUUUUACAGGUUGGUUGCAAUUAGUUGGUUAAUCAGGUCUAAUUUUUAAAAUUCUGGUCUUAGUAACUUCCCUGUAUGGAAGUGAAUGAUCUUAUAUCUCCUCAGAUACAUCUCCAAAAAAUUAAUUACUUGUACUGAAUGGACGUUUUGACUGGAUAUAAAAUAAAGGCAGGGUGCACAGUGCUGUGUGUAGAUGCAUUACUAAUGACUCUUUUUGAGGAAUACAGAUGUUUAGGUCAGUUUGAGCAUGUUUAGUCACAAGCUGUUAUAACAGCAUUUAAGGUUUUAUAGCAGCAUUUAAGGUUUUCAGUAGCUCUAAGGCUACGUACCAUUUGUCAUAACAAACCAGACAGCACGUUAUAAAGUCAUUAAUAAUGGCUUUGUAACUGCUGAAUGUGUAUAAAACAACCAUGAGAAUAUUAAUCAUGUCGUGUUAUUAUGAUGUAAUUACUAUGUCUUAAUGAAUGUCAUCAAAAUCAAUCAAGAUAGUUACUCAUUUUAUUCCACAGAUUAUGUUUAGAUUAUUUAAAACUUUUAAGAACCACAAUAUGUUUAAGAAGCAAGUCGUAUAACCCGUGCACAAAAUAAAUGUCUCUGAUAGGGUAGUAUUUACCAUGAAGAGACCACAUUGCUUUGUUUAAACCUACAGAUAAACCUAGUAUUUUUCCAGAGAUUUGUGUACAUAGAUUAUUAGCUAGUGCUGGCCAUGCAGAUGAAUCCUCCUUAUCACGAUCCUCACAAUGAUCAUUACUUGAAAGAGGAUGGGAGAUCUAUAGCAAGUGAUUUGUGUAUAGAAAGAUAUCUAACUAUGUUACAUAACAAAGGUUUUGUAUUUAAAUUUGUAGAACUGAUUGCUUUUUUUACACCUUGUCAAAUGUGCCAUUUAUCCUUCCUGCCAGCUGUAGAUCCUGUACUUUAACAGAAUGUUCUAUGUGGAGUAGCCUUACCAAGUUGUGUCUAGCCUUUCGGAAAUCCAGUCUUUUCCUCACUUAAUGUUUUUUGAUCUUUACCCCUUGAAAGCCAAAACGUAAAACAUCUGUGGUCAAUUCAAAAUGACUAAAACAGGGAUUAAGGUGGGCGUGAAAUAUUAUGUCAUAAGCUUUCAAAGCACUGCAAAAGGAAAUAAGGAAAUGUUGCAGUUCUUUUCAGUUAUGGGUCAACAUAGAAAAGUAUUAGGACAUGUCUUAGGUCAAUACUUUAAAGGUCAUUCUUUAUUUCAGAUGCGUCAAAUAACACACAACAUUAGAACAAUUGCCAAGAGUUUCUAUUUUUACAUUUUUAAAAUUUCUUUACCACUUAAAGCAAAAUGCGUUGUGAAAUGAUGUGAUGUGUACAUUGAAGCCUCAGAUAUGCUUUUUUUUUUCUUUCUUUUUUUUUUUCCCCCUUUCCUUUCUUUCUAAUGGGUGUUUGAAUGGGAUGUGAGUUUGUAAAUUAAGGUUGAUAAAGUGUGGCCUUUUCCUAAUUUGAUGCUGAUUUGAGAUGAUUUAACCUACUUAUCAUGCUGUAGUGUAUUUAGGCUAAUGUUUAUUUAAGCCUAGGAGAGCUGAAGAAGGUGGAAUUCCAUGAUUCUCACAGAAAUAUAUUUAUUUCUUAAAGAAAAAAGGAAUACUCUGUGUACAUAAAGUAUGUCUAAAUCUGUGGUAAUCUGGAGCUCCGUUUUGUAAUCAGUGUAAUUAAACGUUUGUUUCAGCUCUAGUAUAAGAUUCCUAGAUUAUGUACCUCUCUGAGAUAUCCCUCAUGCUUAUGGGGGGAAUUCUGCCCAUUUUAAACAAUUUCUGUAUAAUUCAAUCCUCAAGGUGUAAACUACAUCAGUGUGUCUUGAUGUGAAAUGGUUCAUUGCCAAGUCAAAUUUCUUUACAGUGGUGGUGAUGGGAACAAGGGAUUGUGGCAUCUAGAACAAAACUGUAACCAUUUUAUUUGCUAUCCAAAAUGACAAGUGAACUUAGUCAUGUCUUAGUCAUGAGUUUUUAUGUGUAAUGUCAGUAAUGGUAACUAUUUUGCCUUACAAUACCUUGCAUAUACCUCUCUGCUUUUAAACAUACACUUUAGGCCAAAAGGUAUUGGUAAAAUCAUUAUAAAACACUGUCUCAGGCAUCAGACACCAUUUGUAACCAUUUAAUGUUAUCGCAUUCUGUGAGGCUGCUUUUAAAAGCAUCAAACCCUUCAGAUGUCUGGUUCCUAUCAUUAUCAAUUCUGGCUCUGUACGUUUCCCUAGGAUGGCACAUUUCAUAUCAAACAACUUUAAUUAACUUUGUUUACAUCUUGACCAUUUAAUUGUGCAGACAUUUUGACAAAUCUGCAAAAUUUCCCUUGAAAGGAGGAUCAAUAGCUUCACUGAUUUUUGCAGCUUGUUAAUUACAGUAAUAAAGCUGAUUUUUAAUUAUGGUUUAACCAGUGCUAGUGCAUUCCUAGGCUUUAGGCCAUCAUCAGUGAUGGUCCAGACACAAUAUAUGCUCCAUAAGCUACCAAUAUUUUAAAACAGUGGACAAAUCAAACUACAGAAUGCAGUUUUUCUCUUUACCUGUAUUAGAUGGAAGCCUCGUUCAGUCGUGUUGGUGCAUAAAUGACUUGUGACCUUGUGUGCUGCAGUCCAGUAGACUGUAAAGCUCUCAUGUGGGACUGUAUGGACUUUAGGAAUUUGAGUAUGAAGUGUCAUAACAUUGUGUACACAUUUGAGGAACACUGUUACUAUGUUAUUAUUGUUAUUAUGGUGUACUAAAGGGGCUAAUUUUAUCACUGAAUGUGGCUUUAGGUGUGUUGGGUGAUUGAUGAAGUGACUGUGCUCAGGCUUUCAGACUCAUGCUUAUUUAAAUGGAACACACUGCAAUGGGAUAGUGUCUUUCUCCAUCCAGUCCUGUGGGAUAACACUAUACAUACGUAAAUUGUCUGCUUCUGAAUCGAUUGUGCUGAAUUGUUGCAGCAGCAUUAAUCGGCCAUUUGAUUGUACAUGGCCCAUCGAACAUUGUGUUGUCUCUCAAAUUGAAUCACAGAGAGCAGAAGUUGACUGCAGGCUCUGUACGUCUUCAGCACUGUCUUAUUUGACGUUGCCUCACACCUCAAAGUCUGAGAUCAAGUUAACGUAGAUUAACUUUUGUUCUGGGUUGACAUUUCUCAUGUGGGUUUGGUGGGAGUGGAUUUUGUGGUGGUCUACUUAAAUAUCAAAAACAAUGCCUUGAUGCCUUUCUGUUGUCUCCCAUUAGGAAGACUUUAAUGUUACCAUGUAUAUAUUAUAUUUAUAAUGAAAUUAAUAAACUACCAGAACUGUUA